GGGACUUGGGAAUCAAAUUUAGCCAACUUUUAUGUGCAAGCGUUUUUUAAAAACUUAUAUUUUCCUAUCGAUUUUUCCAUUAGACUGGUUUGAGGUAUUUUUUAUGCGAAUGUAAACCCGUGCUUAUUAUGAAGCUUGUGGGAGCUGAAGUGAAGAUGCGCCUGAAGGGAAGUGUUUUAAUGUUGGCACCUUAAUUAAAAAAAGACAGAUAGUUUUGAAGUUAUAGCCUGUAGCCUACCGUAUAGCGUCACUGGAGGCGUUUGGCUAAGGCACGUCAAUCCAGUGCCAAGUAGCCGAACAGGAGAAAGAAGUCCUCCGCGCGAAGCGUUGGAUUUAUGAGAACUAAAACUAACUAAGUUAGUAGGCUAACUAAGAAGAUCAUCUGGACACUGUGAUGUACAUGUGAAGGUUUCCCCGAUCCGAAUCGAUUUUGUUCGGACAAGGGGAGACUUUGAUGGAUUUUUUAUGUGGGACCCGCUAGGAUGGAGGUGGUAGGUGAAACAGAAGCGUUACAGAGAUUUUUUGAAGGUCAUGAUAUUAGCACUUCUCUGGAGCCAAACAACAUCGACACCAGUAUCCUGGAAGAGUACAUCAGCAAGGAGGACGAUAGCACUGACAUCUGUUUCUCAGAGGUCCACAGCGCUCCAGGACCAAAUUACUCAUCUCCGCAGGCAGGAGUGUCCUCUGCUGGGGGGUUGGUGUGUGGUGUGAGCCCCCCUAUUCCACUGCGCCAAGGAGCUCCUCUACCUGGACCCCCUAACUGUCAGAACGUCUACCCCCCAGGUCCAUCCCUGGGCCUCCGACAUAACUACCCCUGCCUGGGACAGCAGCAGCAACACCAGCAGCAGCAACAGCAGGCACACAUCAAACCUGAGCACAGGGGCCACUACGCUCCAGGGACACUACCUGAGUCCCCACCAGACUCCAGCUCAGAGCCGUACUCUCCUCAGCAGGUGAAUGAUCCUCACAUGAUCAGGACCAUGACACCAGAGAACAUGUGUCACAUGACUCCAACGCCACCCCUCCCACCUCAUGGGCACUAUCCCAGCAUGCAUCGGGACAUGUACCUGAAGCCUGAGCCCAUGAUAUCACAGUAUCCUAUUGGGCCAGCCACAAGCGGUAGUGGAGACAUGCAGCAGACACAGAUGCUCCAUCAGCUACUGCAGCAUCCGCAGGGGCAGGACAGCAUCCCUGUUCACCAGGCCAAGAAGAGGAAGCACUCUGACUCUCCCAACAGCACCCUCAAUACCCAAAUCCUCACAGGUAUCAUCAAACAAGAACCAGGCUUAAUGCAGGAUGCAGACAACACCUACUUGGACCCAAACUAUCAGUGCAUUAAGUGGCAACCUCACCAGCAGAACAAGUGGACACCACUAUAUGACGCAAACUGCAAAGAGCUUCCGAUGCCAACCUACCGUGUUGAUGCUGACAAGGGCUUCAACUUCUCCUUGGCUGAUGAUGCUUUUGUUUGCCAGAAGAAGAACCAUUUCCAGGUCACAGUAUACAUAGGCAUGCUAGGAGACCCCAAGUACAUCAAGACAAGUGAUGGCCUGCAGCCCAUCGAUUGUUUCUAUCUCAAACUCAACGGAGUAAAGGUGGAGGCCAUGAAUCAGUCUAUCAGUGUGGAGCAGUCACAGUCGGACCGCAGCAAGAGACCCUUUAAGCCAGUGCUGGUCACCCUGCCCUCAGAGCAGGUCACAAAGGUCACAGUGGGGCGGCUUCACUUCAGUGAGACCACUGCAAAUAACAUGAGGAAGAAGGGCAAACCAAACCCUGACCAGAGGUAUUUCAUGCUAGUGGUGGCGCUGCAUGCUCAGUCCCACAGUCAGAGCUACACUGUGGCUGCUCAAGUGUCUGAGAGGAUCAUCGUCAGGGUAACGUCUGGCCAUGCAUCCAACCCAGGUCAGUUUGAAAGUGACAAUGAGGUGCUGUGGCAGCGUGGCCAACUGUCGGACUCAGUAUACCACCACGGGAGAGUCGGCAUCAACACCGAUCGGCCGGACGAGGCCCUUGUUGUCCAUGGUAACCUGAAGGUCAUGGGCUCCGUGGUACACCCGUCUGACAUCAGGGCCAAAGAAAAUGUCCAGGAGGUCGACACCACAGACAAUUUGAAACGGAUUUCUCAGAUGAGGCUGGUCCAUUAUCAAUACAAGCCUGAGUUUGCUGCCACCGUGGGCAUAGAGAACACUGCAGAGACUGGAGUAAUCGCUCAAGAGGUUCAGCAAAUCUUGCCUGAAGCAGUGAAAGAGGGCGGCGAUGUGGUUUGCGCCAAUGGAGAAACAAUUCCCAACCUGUUAGUCGUCAACAAGGACCGUAUCUUCAUGGAGAACGUGGGAGCAGUGAAGGAGCUGUGUAAGCUGACGGACAACCUGGAGACUCGUAUAGACGAACUGGAGCGAUGGAGCCGAAAACUGGCAAAGCUGCGUCGUCUUGACAGCAUGAAGAGCACUGUGAGUGGAAGCACUGUCAGCCAAUCAGGGAGUUAUUUUAGCAGAACAGGAAGCGGCCCACUCAAGAAGAAGACUGUCAAACCCGGGAGCAAGAAUUUGCUCCCAGAUCAAGGCUGCAUCAGCCAGAGGUUUAUGCAGGGAACCAUCCUGGCACUGGUUAUUGUCAUGGCCUUCAGCGUAAUUUCCAUGUCUGUCCUAUACGUGUUGACUCUUCACCAUAGAGGAGGCAUCACGGAGAAAGCUGAGUCCAGAGCUGCACUGGGAUCCUCACGCAAGGGACUAUAUAGUCCAGCGUCCACCACCCCUGCACUAUCCAUAAACAACCAAUCAGCUACGGCUUUGACACUGAGCAACAACCAAUCCGUACCAGAUUUAGGCAGUCUGGUUCCCACACCAGGCACUUUUAAUAAAAAGGCCAAAUCCAGACUAAUGGACAAGGACGGCCGUAAUAAAAACCGUCUGAGUCACACCUCGGCCCCUUUGUACUUUGCCAAGUCCAAAAGGCCAGCACCUACAGAUCCAGAAGGAGUGGGAACUACCAACCGUCUGCCAGGGGGUCAGCAGCCAGUAUCACGCAGACAACGCAGCCUACACACAAAGGGAGGAAGAUCAGCUCCCUCUCUGUCUAGUCUACAUAUCGUGGAGACAAACCAAGAGAUCACAGCACAAAGUUGUGCAACAACUAAGAGCUGCAGCUACACAGUAUCACUCCAUGGAAAGAGAAAUUCUUCCAUCUCACAAAUCACUUUGCACAUGACGUCCACGAACAGCGUGUGGAUACGACAGUGUGGAGCCACCAAGGGACGUUUAUGCCCCAACCACACAGAGACAGAGCUCUAUGGUGGACAGAGUACAUCAACAAAGGGGACUCAUCACCUGUGGUCAGUGCCCGUGCUGUCUUUCCAAGACGUCACCUAUCACUUCCGUGUCUCCCUGUCUAGUGAAGUGAGUUGUGCCACUGAAGGAGAGACCUCAUCACACUCUGAAUACCAUUUUCUCAUUCAAAGCAGCUGUGUGUGAGAAGGAAGACGAUGUGUCCCAGGGCCUUUUCAGUAUACCACAUUUUUCCUUUGUGGUUCCAUUUGUACGCUGUUGUGAAGGGAUAAGGAUUCUUCUCAUUGUUGUACAUUAUUUUUAAAGAUAUUCAUACAGAACAAACUAUAUACCACUGUCCCUACUGUAAUCCCCCCUCCAUAUGCAUUAAGACAUCUCUUUUUGCUGUGAUCACUGGAGUUUGAAACACUGUUCAAGUUUUUUUUUGUCUGUCACUGAAAAUGUUUUAGAUCACUGUAAUUGACAACUGUGUUGUGUCACUGUUAACUGCUUUUGUGUAAGUAACGUCCAUCCGUUUAUAGCUCACUUAUUUACUGAUCACUAUGUCUUCCAAACUUAAUGUAAGCCAUAAGUACUUUUAGCAGAGUUAAGGUUUCUUAAUGAAGUCCAGGCUAAGAUAGUGUAGAUGACACUACUCACAUUUUGUUCUUUCUUUUAACACGAUGAAUCUUUAUGUACACUGAAACCAGUGUCAACUGAAAACAAGAACACUUUUCAGUAGAUUAUAUAUACACUGGAGAGAAGAUCAUUGGCUUCUGCUGAAGGCCUCAGUGAAUAGUUGCAACUUGCACUGAAAAUAUACCUCAGUAGUGCACACUGGCAAAUCCUAGGUCUCUACAGUGGAGCAUUGUGUUUGAGGCUGCUGCAGUUGACUAGACUGUCUGCUGUCUCCGCAAGCAGUAUCUGAUUAAACACUGUACAGAGAGGGAAAUACUGCACAGUAUUUAUAUCUCUAUUGUGGCAAUGAAAGAAACAUCAAAUUGUUACAUUAAAUAUUUGUGCACAUGCAUACUAUUACAGAGAAAUCCUUAUUAUCAUUGCUCAAAGGAAGGCCUACAUUUGAAGACCACUGAGUCAUCCUCACUUCAGAAGAUUCAUUGGAUGGCAUGCGAUAAGACUGGAUAAGUAAACAAAUGACUGGAAAUGAACAUGUAGAAACACUGACACAGUGUGAUAGAGGAAGUCCAACACUGACAGUAUUUUAAGAAACACUGGAAUAGCUUACACUGUAUUUUGCUAACUGGACAGAUGCUGGUAAGGCAGUAAAUGGCAUAUCAUUUCAGGUGCAUGCCCAAUCAUUUCUUAAAAUUUAUACAUCUCAGCUCAGAGGCAACACAAAUGCUGCUGCAGCUUUGGAAAUUCGAUUUUAAUGGCUUGAUCAUGAAGCUGAGAAGAAGUUGCAUUUAGUUUGCGCACACUCUUGAGAUACAAAUGGACAUUAAACACUGGACUCUUUCAUGUAUUUUUCUGGAUGUUUAAAUAUUUUUCUGUGCCUAUACAACUGAGAAUAUGCAGUGAUAACACUUUAAAUACAACUGAAUUAUAUAGUGUUUUCUUUUCUAUUAUUCUUUCUUCUUUUAAAUGCAUUCUCCACUUACUUUCACCACCAUGCUUUUGUUGCUUGUGUUGAAAUGUGUUUUUAAAUCCAUACUCCAUAUGUUUCUGUAUUCAGAAAGAAAAACCCCAAUAGUGUAUCUCAAAUGUAAAAUCAAUAUUAAAUAGGAAAAAGAGCCAUCAUAUGAAGUUAUCAUAAUAAGACACUGUACAAUACUUUUAGUAUAAUUAUUAUGACUCCAGUGGUAUAGUGUAUCCUACUAUUUUAGCUUAUUUAUAAUGCACCAGCUAGCAUAAUAAAACCACUGUAGCACUUUUGCACUGUAUAUAUGUACUGCCUCUGCCCUAUCCAGUGCACCAGACUGUUUUCAUAUACUACUAUGUAGAACUGCAUUACAUGUAACUGUAUAGCUGCAUUUUGUUACUACCAAUGCUCCUUUUUAUCUGCUGUGUUUUAUUAUAUUUUUUUUUAUAGUUGAUGUUUUUUGGUUGUACUGUGUUAUCAAUAAUAUAUUAACUUUUAGCUAACAGAGCCCAGAAAUGAUUGAUAAGCAUGUAAACACAAGCAAAUACAUUUCUAAUUUUUUUGUUAGAAGAAGAUGCCAUAACGGUAAAACUCGAUGAGUACUUUAAUAUCACUACUUCAUCUUUUUAGCCCAUUUAUUAUGACAUUUUCAAAAAAGCGUUUUGUCCAAAAUAUGCUGUAAUACUAUGAAUGCGUAGAAAUAAAUUUGUGAUUGGAUUUUC